UGCGUGUGACGCCACGAGCAGAGGCAGAUCCUUGGAGCAGACAAGCACCGGGCUGAGGCAGCAAAGCAUCCGCACCAGCAGCGCCACAAAGGGAGUUCAGUGCUGGUUGUUGUACCUCUUCUUCUCUCCACUCCUCCUCCUCCUCUUCCUCUCCAGGGUUACAGAUGCUCCGGCUCGGCGGAAAGAUGUGCGGCUUCUCCGCCCUGCUCUCGGUGCUCCUCGCCGGGAUCGCUGCGGCGUCUUCGGAUCUGUUUGACAACCAACUGGGCGACAUCAAUUACUGCAAAAAGCAAUGCCAGCUCACCAUCAAAAACAAAAGCCCAGCUAAAGACUCCAUAAUGAACGCCUGUCACCGCGGCUGUCGCCUCUACUCCAUCUGCCAGUUCGUCAAUGGCAACGCUGGCUUCAACACCAGCAGGGAGGAGUGUCAGGGAGCCUGUCAGGAGGCGUACGUGAAGCAGCUGGAGCAGGAGGCCUGCUGCACCGGCUGCGCCAGCCAACCCUCUGAACCUGAGCUCCAGAGGAGAAGGCUCAGGGCCAUGACUCUUCGCCCUAAGUCCCUCUCUGUGAUGGAGGCCGUGUCCGGUUGGUGCAACGACAUCGUCAGCUCCGCCCAGAGCUUCAUCUCCUCCACCUGGACUUUCUACCUGCAGGCUGAUGACGGCAAGGUUGUGGUUUUCCAGAGCCAGCCAGACAUGGAGUACUCUCUGCCCGAGCUGCAGGCUCCUCGAUCCAACGUGGCAGACAAGCCCUGGCCUCAGGUCCACUCCCACACCCAGAGACCCCACGGCGUGAGGGGACAUGGGGAGAGGGGAGCAUCUAAAGCAGGAGGCAAAGUGAAGCACCCGGUGCAGCACGCAGACGACCCCACAGCGGAGCACGACUUCCUGGGCUGCAUGUCCAGACGUUCAGGCCUUCCACGGUGGAUUCUAGCGGCCUGUCUCUUCCUGUCCAUCAUGGUCAUGCUGUGGCUCAGCUGUGCCAGCCUCGUCACCGCACCAGAGCAGCACAUCAAGACGCAGCUUAGCAUCAACGGAGAUAAAGAGUUCCUGGAUAACGCUCAGAAAGUCAACCCCUACUACCUGAGUCCUAUGAUCGCUGUGACCCUGAAACAAUCUGAGGAGAGCCAGGAGGCGGGGCCGCUGCCGGUGAAAGUCGACCUCAACAAAACCUGCGUUUAGAAAAGGACCAAUGGGAGAGCUGCUGUCUUGUUUCUGAGGGCAACCAUAUAUAAAAUCAGGAGUGAAACAAACGCAUCACGGGACUCUAAACAGUCACCAGAGUUUUUAAAAACAUAUUUGUAAGAGCAUGGCACCCUCCCGGCGUUUAAAAUCAUGAUACUGAAAAAUCUUGCUCAGUCUUGUUGGACAUUUUUAUUUUCUUGUACAGCCCAGAUUAUUCAAAAUCCAUCCUCAGAUUAUCUUCAAUGCUCAGCCGGCUCACUGCUUAUUAAUAAAUCAGAGCUCUUGUCUCAGAAAAGUGAGGAAUUAGUACAGUUUUCAAAUAAUUGUUCAUGUCUACAGUAGACGAAGACAAACACUGGGAUUUAGUUUAGAGUUCAUUUUGCCUCGUUCUCGCAGAGAGUUUGGAUUAGUUAAUGGGUUGUCAUCGAAAUAGAAAUGAGAAAGAGGAAAGAAAGAUUGAUAAAAAAUGGACUAAUUUCUUUGAGAGUGCUCCAGGAAAUAUUCUAAAUAAAUAAAUGUUCUCCCUCACAACAUAACUACAUUUGCAGGUGAGCUCUGAUCAAGUUCAGAGAAACAAAGGCAUACUUAC